CUUUAGAGGGCUUCUUUCUGACUGAAGCUGCAGGCACCCAUGGAUAUUCUUUGUUUCAUGUUCAUCAGUUUUAAGUUCCUGUUGUUCGUGGAAUUCUCCUAUGCAGCCGAUACUAUUAACUCAUUACAGUCUCUUAAUGAUACCAGUGGCGCCACCUUGAUUUCAAAUGAUGGAACCUUUGAGCUUGGUUUCUUCAGUCCUGGUAAUAAUCAAAAUCGUUACUUAGGAAUUUGGUACAAGAAUAUCCCAGUUAAAACUGUUGUUUGGGUCGCCAAUAGACUCAAUCCCAUCAAUGAUUCGUCAGGUUUGUUGAUGAUAAACAGCUCCGGAAAUCCUGUUUUAAUGAGCCAGAACACAAGUGUAGUUUGGUCUGCAAAUUUCACAAAACAAGUAUCAAGUUCCGCGGUAAUACUUCAGCUACUGGAUACAGGAAAUCUUAUCCUAAGGGAUGAGCAAGAUGGGAAUUCGGAGACUAAUUAUUUGUGGCAAAGUUUUGACUAUCCAUCUGAUACUAUGCUUCCAGGUAUGAAGCUUGGAUGGGACUUAAGGACUGGUUUUGAGCGGCGUUUAACGUCUUGGAAGAGCCCUGAUGACCCGUCUCCUGGAGACUUCACCUGGGAGUUGGAACCACAACAAAAUCCUGAGUUAAUUAUGUGGAAGGGCUCGACCAAAUUCUUCAGGAGUGGCCCCUGGAAUGGCCUUAGAUUCAGUGGCGCGCCAGAGUUGAGGCCUAAUCCGGUUUUCGUUUUCAGCUUUGUAUCUAACGAAGAUGAGUUGUACUACACAUACAAUGUCACGGACAAUUCAGUGAUCUCCAGGAUUGUUAUGAACCAAACUGAGUAUCAACGUGAUAGAUUCACCUGGAGUCCAUCAAGUCAAAGUUGGACGGUGUAUGCAGUUGUGCCGAGAGAUAGAUGUGACAAUUAUGGACUUUGUGGUUCCUAUGGGGUUUGUAUUCUCAGUGAAUCACCGAUUUGCCAAUGUUUGAAAGGGUUCACGCCUAAAUCACCAGGAAAUGUGGACUGGUCACAGGGGUGUGUGCGUAAUAAGCCACUGAACUUGUCAACAAUAGAUGGUUUUAUCAAAUUUCAGGGGCUGAAAUUGCCGGAUGCUAAUCAUUCUCGGGUUAACGGAAGUAUGAAUCUCAAGGAAUGCGGGUUGAAAUGCUCACAGAACUCUUCUUGUAUGGCAUAUGCAAAUUCAAACGUUGAAGGAGGAGGCAGCGGCUGUACCAUGUGGUUUGGUGAUUUGAUUGAUAUCAGAGAGAUGACAGCUAGUGGGCAGGACUUGUAUAUUCGAAUGUCUGCUUCAGAACUAGGGUCGAGUGAUGGAAAGAAGAAGAUGACAUUGGUGAUAGUUUUUACUACAAUUGGUGUAGUAGCUGGGUUGCUUGUAAUUAUACUCGGUUAUGUAAUUCACAAGAGGAGGCAGAAGAAAACAUCAGAGAAAACAGAAAACAACAGGGAAACCAAUAACCGCAAUGAAGAUCAACAAGAAGACCUGGAGCUGCCAUUGUUUGAGUUAGCUACAAUUGCCAAUGCCACCAAUAGCUUCUCAAUGAACAACAAGCUUGGAGAAGGUGGAUUUGGACCUGUGUACCAAGGCAAACUAGAGGAUGGACAAGAAAUUGCUGUGAAGAGACUUUCCGUGAUUUCUGGGCAAGGACUAAAUGAGUUCAAAAAUGAAGUCAUUCUGAUUGCCAAACUACAGCACAGAAAUCUUGUAAAGCUUCUUGGUUGCUGUAUUCAAGGAGAGGAGAAAUUGCUAAUAUAUGAAUUCAUGCCCAACAAGAGUCUGGACAACUUCAUUUUUGAUCAAAAAGAAGGUAAGCAAUUAGACUGGUCUAAGCGUUUCCACAUCAUUUGCGGGAUUGCAAGGGGUCUUCUCUAUCUUCAUCAGGACUCUAGAUUGAGGAUCAUACACAGAGAUCUCAAAGCAAGUAAUGUACUACUUGAUCAUGAGAUGAACCCGAAAAUUUCAGAUUUUGGCUUGGCAAGAACUUUUGGCGGAGACCAGACCGAGGGAAACACAAAAAGAGUAGUUGGAACUUAUGGUUAUAUGGCACCAGAAUAUGCUAGUGAUGGGCUAUUCUCAGUAAAAUCUGAUGUCUUUAGCUUUGGUAUUUUAAUGCUGGAGAUAAUAAGUGGGAUAAGAAACAGAGGAUUUUAUCAUCCAGACGAGAGCCUUAACCUUAUAGGAUAUGCAUGGAAAUUGUGGAAAGAAGGCAAGCCUUUAGAACUGAUUGAUCCAGUGUUGGGAGAAUCAUGCCAUUUAUCAGAAGUGAUCAGAUGCAUCCACGUUAGUCUCUUAUGUGUGCAACAGUAUCCUGAGGACAGGCCAAAUAUGUCAUCUGCUGUUCUAAUGUUGGGUAGUGAUGGUGAAUUAACUGAGCCAAAACAACCUGGCUUCCUGAUGGACAGGAAAUUACAUGAAACAGGCACUUCAUCAGGCAAGCCUGAAUCCUCUUCUACCAAUGAAAUCACUAUCUCACUGUUGGAGGCUCGAUAGUUUUCUUACUAUACGACCUAGUCGAUAUUUCCUGUACCUUCAUCAGCUAAUUUUGUAUGCCUAUUUUGACCCUGUGGAUCAUUUUUCAUCUGCAUAUUUAUGUAUAGUUCCCCAUUCAUUUUCUUAAUCGGCCGGAUAUUAAAAUUCAUAGUCAAUAAAUUUUACAGUUAUGAAAUGCAGAAUGCUGAUCUCCAGUGGUUAUUAUGAUGGCAAGUUUCUCAAAGUAACACUUUUUAUUGCUUUACUGGCCACAUUUUAUAUUGUUGUUUAAUGAACUUGAUACUGUAACUUGUAUGGAGCUGGAAACAUAGUUUUAUUAGAUUGUGUUCUUUGUAACU